AUGGAGAGCAUAGGAACCAUCAUGCUGCUCGAGCGGCUCGUGAACCGCACGGUCGACGCCGGGGGCGCCGCUUCCGGAGUGACGCAGCGCCAGCUGGAGCUCAGGAGGCGGGCAGCGCUGCGCGUGGCGACCAAGCUCCUGUGCUCCGCGCCGCAGCAGUCGCGCCUCGCGGCGGUCGGCGGCGACGAGGCCAGCAUCCUCGACGGAAUACGAGCCGACCUGGCGUCGCGGGGCCGCGGACCGGACGCGGUGCGCCUCUCGGAGCUGCACCUCACGCUGCAGAGCUCCUCGCCCGAGCCCGGGCCGCGACGCGCGCUUCUGGCGCUCCUUUCGGCCGUGGGGCGCGACGCGCGCAACGCAGCGCGCGCCGCGGGGCCGCUCGCGCUCGUUGGCGGCGCCGGCGCGCACGACGGGGCUGUCGUUGCGGAGGGUGGGUUCUUCGGGGGUGCCGCGGCGCGGAACGCGCUCGCGGAGCUGCGCGCGCUGGACGACCAGACGAGCGUGCGGAGAGGCGCGAUCCAGUCGUGGGACGUCACGCACGGCCCGCCGGGCCUCGAGGCCGCGCUCGUCCGCGCCGUCAUCCUCGCGUGCCAGGGAAUCGAGUCCGAGCACAUCCACUGGAUCGAGGAUUCCCCUUCUCCCGCGCCCUCACAACCCCCCCUCUCCCGCGGCGCCUUCGCGCCGCGCCCCGGCGUCGCCGCCGCGCUCUCGCCCGCCGCGCACGACCUCGUCCGCGUCAUGUGCGAGCUCGGCUGGCUCUUCCGCCGCGUCCGCGCCGUCGCCGACGACACCACGCCCGGCCGCGGCGCGUGCCACGCCGCCUUCCGCUCCCACCUCGCGCGCGAGCUCUCCGAGUUCUACCGCCUCAUGGCCGUCCUCGAGCGCCACGCCAUGCAGCAGGCGCCCUCCCCGAGCGACCCCAGCGCCGGCGCGGGCACUGCAUACAUCACGCUGCGGCGCCUCGCGGCGUGGCUGGCGCAGCCGACGGAGCGGAUGCGGCAGCUCGCAGUGGCGUGCGCGGCGGUCGAGGGGCCGCGCGGGGGCGCGCUGCUCGCGGCGCUCUCGGCCCUGCUCGCGCAGGGGGAUGUGGAGGGGAGGGGUGCUGUGGUAGGAAUGGUGGGGGCCGCGUCGUGCCCGCUGUACGAGCACGUGCGGCGGUGGGCGCUGCAGGGCGAGCUCGACGACCCGGACGCGGAGUUCUUCGUCGAGGCGCUCGCGGGCCGCGGGGGGGAGUCCCAGGACGUCUGGCGGGGGCGCUUCCGCCUGCGUCAGGCCAUGGUGCCGCCGUGGUGGGGCCCCGAGGCCGCCGCGACGGUCCUCCGCGCAGGCAAGACCAUCCGCUUCCUCCGCGACACCUGCGAGGACACCGCCUGGGCCGACAGCGAUGCCCUCGCCGACGCCACCGGCGCCCUCGCCGCCCUCACCGACCGGCUCCGCAGCGGCGCGGACGCACGCGGCGUCGAGCUCGCGCCGGAGGAGGCCAUGCAGCAGGUGUCCCGCGCGGCCGCGGCGCUCGACGCGCGCCUGCGGCACCAGCUGUUUUCAAAGUUCCAACUCAAGGAGCACCUCAGCGCGGUGCGGCGGUUCCUGCUCCUGGGGCAGGGGGACUUCGGGGACCACCUGAUGUCGCUGCUGCACGCCGACCUCCUCCGCCCGGCCUCGCAGCUGUCCGAGUACCAGCUGCAAAGUGCCCUGGGGAGUGCCAUCAGGGGCUCGAACGCGCAGUUCGACCCGCCGGAGAUCACGGAGCGGCUGCGCAUCGCGCUGUCGGCGCACACCCCCGCGGAGUCCGGGUGGGACGCCGUGUCGCUGGUGUACGAGGUCGACCGCGCGGAGCCGAUCGCCGCGGUCCUCACGCCCGACGCGCUGCUCAAGUACCGCCGCGUGUGGAGCUUCCUGUGGGCGCUCAAGCGCGUCGGACACCAGCUGCGCGCCUCCUGGCUCGACCUGAAGCCGAACGCGCCCGUCAUGCGCAGCCAGUUCCUCCGCCAGCGCUACGACGGCGACCCGGACCCGGAGGUGCGGUUCACGAAGGAGCUCGAGGCGGCGCUGCGGUCCGUGCAGCUGAUGCAGCAGGGCAUGGCUGUCGCCGUGGCGGACCUGCAGUACUACGCGGCGUUCGAGGUGCUCGACGCGGCGUGGGGGGAGUUCGAGGAGCGGCUCGGGGCCGCGGUGAACCUCGACGCGGUCAUCGCCGCGCACGACGCGUGGCUGGGCGCGGUGCUGGAACGCACGAUGCUCGGCGAAGGGGCCGAGGUGGUCAUGCGGGAGCUGCGGGCGCUCCUGGCGUGCGUGCUCGAGUUCACGGGGCUCGUGCGGAGCCUGCGGGACCUCACGGGGCGCCUCGUGGCGAUCAAGGAGAUGCGCGAGGCGGGCGAGGGGUGGAGCGGCGGGGCGUCGCAGGGCGACAUGGCGUUGGAGCGCGCCCUCAUCGGUUUGUCGGACGACUCGCGGGAGCUGCGGGCGCGCGUGGCGCGCAUGCAGGAGGUGCGCGAGGCCUUCAACGGCCGCCUGGCGAGCUUCCGGGACCUGUCGGUGGCCGGGCACGGCCACAUCAAUCUGGCGUCGCUGGAGUUCCGGCUCGAGAAGCUGCUGGAGGCGCCGUGCUGA